AGAGAGAGACAGAGAGAAAGAGACGGAGCAAACUUUGCGCGGUUGGGACCAAGCCCAGCAUGUCAGCCACGGGAACCAGCGCGCCGAGCACCGCGUAAACGGACUUGGAGGGGUGUUUAAAAAAAAAAAAGACAAAAAAGGGACGAGAGGCGCAAGCUGUUGAUGCCGGAUAAAGUUUGCGCGCGGCGUGGCAGUGCAGAGGAGCGAGGACACCCACGCGAGUGGAAACUUGACGCAGACAUGGGCACGCUGCGCGAUCUGCAGUACGCGCUCCAGGAGAAGAUCGAGGAGCUGCGCCAGCGCGACGCACUCAUCGACGAGCUGGAGCUGGAGCUCGACCAGAAGGACGAGCUGAUCCAAAGGCUGCAGAACGAACUGGAUAAGUACCGCUCCGUCAUUAAACCUGCCACGCAGCAGGUCCACAAGCAAAGCGAGCUGCACUCGGAGCAACAGCGCACCAAGAGGCAGGCCAUCUCGGCCGAGCCCACCGCCUUCGACAUCCACGAUCUCAGCCACGUCACGCUGCCUUUCUACCCCAAAAGCCCACAGUCUAAGGAUCUUAUCAAAGAGGCCAUCCUGGACAACGACUUCAUGAAGAACCUGGAACUGUCGCAGAUCCAAGAGAUUGUAGACUGCAUGUACCCGGUGGAGUAUGGAAAGGACAGUUGCAUCAUCAAGGAGGGCGACGUGGGCUCGCUGGUGUACGUCAUGGAAGACGGGAAAGUGGAGGUGACAAAGGAGAGCCUAAAGCUGUGCACGAUGGGCCCCGGGAAGGUGUUUGGGGAGCUGGCCAUUCUCUACAACUGCACCAGGACCGCCACUGUCAAAACGCUGACAAACGUGAAGCUGUGGGCGAUCGAUCGACAAUGUUUCCAGACCAUCAUGAUGCGUACGGGUCUCAUCAAGCAUACGGAGUAUAUGGAGUUUUUGAAAAGCGUGCCCACCUUCCACAGCUUGCAGGAGGACAUUCUGAGCAAGCUCGCCGACGUCCUUGAGGAGACCCAUUACGAAGACGGCGAGUACAUCAUCAGACAGGGGGCCAGAGGAGACACCUUCUUCAUCAUCAGUAAAGGAAAGGUUAAUGUGACCAGGGAGGACUCACCCAACGGAGAGCCUGUGUACCUACGCAGCCUGGGCAAGGGGGACUGGUUCGGUGAAAAGGCGCUGCAAGGGGAGGACAUCAGGACCGCAAAUGUUAUUGCAGCAGAAGCGGUCACCUGUCUCGUCAUUGAUCGAGAUUCAUUUAAGCACCUGAUUGGAGGCUUGGAGGACGUAUCCAGCAAAGGCCAUGAGGAUGUUGAUGCCAAAGCCAAGUAUGAAGCCGAGAAUGCUUUUUUCUCCAAUCUCAAUCUGGCUGAUUUCAACAUCAUCGACACUCUUGGGGUUGGCGGCUUUGGUCGUGUGGAGCUGGUUCAGCUCAAGAGCGACGAGAACAAAACUUUUGCUAUGAAGAUCCUCAAGAAGCGGCACAUCGUCGACACCAGACAGCAAGAGCACAUUCGUUCCGAGAAACUCAUCAUGCAGGAGGCUCACUCGGAUUUUAUUGUUCGACUCUACAGAACGUUCAAGGACAGCAAGUACCUCUACAUGCUGAUGGAAGCCUGCUUAGGAGGAGAAUUGUGGACCAUUCUUCGAGACCGAGGUUCUUUUGAAGACUCGACGACCAGGUUUUACACAGGCUGCGUGGUGGAGGCCUUCGCCUACCUACAUUCCAAAGGCAUCAUCUACAGAGACCUCAAACCUGAGAACCUUAUAUUGGAUCACAGGGGUUACGCCAAACUGGUGGACUUUGGUUUUGCCAAGAAAAUUGGCUUUGGGAAGAAAACGUGGACUUUCUGCGGGACGCCUGAAUAUGUAGCGCCGGAGAUCAUCCUAAACAAAGGCCACGACAUCUCCGCCGAUUACUGGUCACUGGGAAUCCUCAUGUUCGAGCUCCUGACCGGCAGCCCGCCGUUCUCCGGCCCCGAUCCGAUGAAGACCUACAACAUCAUCCUGAGAGGCAUCGACAUGAUCGAAUUCCCAAAGAAAAUCACCAAAAAUGCUGCCAACUUAAUCAAAAAGCUAUGCAGGGAUAAUCCUUCUGAACGACUGGGAAACUUGAAAAAUGGUGUCAAAGACAUCCAAAAGCACAAGUGGUUUGAGGGCUUUAACUGGGAGGGCUUGAAGAAGGGGACUCUGACACCACCCAUCAUCCCCAACGUCACAUCAGCGGUUGACACGAGUAACUUCGACAGCUUCCCGGAAGACAACGAGGACCCGCCGCCUGACGACAAUUCGGGUUGGGAUGUUGACUUCUGAAGUUCUCCUUCAAGCAGCCCCCCCCCCUAGUGGAACCAAAAGAAACUCUUCUUUUGUUGGUAUGGAGGCCAUGCAGUGGUCGUGGCUAACUGGUAUAAAGAUCACAAAAAUCAGAUAUGGAGAAGAAGUAGAUUUAACGGAUGGCAAGCGGUCACCGAUAUGCCUUUAUUUCACUGUGGCCCCGGAUCAAGCAUUUAUAGUGGGACAGCUGUAGCACACGUUCGGUGUUGUCUUACACUCGGCUCGAAGGCGGAGAAAGUGCAGGGAUACACACGUGCGCGAGCGCACAAAAACAUGGCCGCUGACCGAGCCCACGUCCCCCCAUGUGAUGGGCCGGCGUACGUUUUUGUUUAUUUUUUAGGAUAAAUAAGCGCGUGGAAAUGUGAAAUGCUGUGUUCCGAUCAUCGCUUUUCCCGUCGUACAACAAGUGCUCUCGACUAAGCUGAAUGUCACCGAUUGCCGCAUUACAUAGCAUUGAACAUUUUCCAGGAGACGUAUUAUGCAAGUUUUUUUUGCCUCGAUUCUAAAGAGUUCUGAGGUGUCUUAAAAAAGGAAAGGACACAGCACACUUGAUUGACAAUUGCUCUGUUUUAGGUGAAAGGUGAAUGGAUUUUGAUAGUAGGGUUAAGGCAUUUCGACAAAGCUAAGGCUACUCAGCGUUGCCGCCUGAACGCCUCCCACAACAAAUCCAGCGACUAUUUGUCGCGUUAUUGGAGAUUUAUGGGGACUCUGAGACUCCAGAGCUUAAGUCCCACCCCUUCAUGUCCAGACUGAAUAAAUAGUGCUUGCACAAAAUCAUGUCUGGCUAAUUCAACCAAAUUUCAUUUUUUAUUUUGAAAAGGGACAGUGUGCAUUAAUUAACAUUUUUGAGUUAGCUUAAGUUGUCUUAAGACCAGAUCGUUUUUUUCAUUUGUGGGAGCAGCACUUCAUCUCCAAGCCACCAAAUUAGACUUUGUCAAUUAGCAUAGUAGAUCCUAUAUACCUUAACCCCGCCCCCUUUUCCAUGUCAACAACUUUGCGAUAAGUGUACUCUGGUUUUCAAGCUAACUCAGCUAGCAUUUUUAGCUAAUGCUACUCUCUUCUGUGCUAACACCAACUUCCAUAAUAUGUCCCUUUUAAGAUACAUUGUGAACACAAAAAAAGUACAAAAAAUGUGUGCAGUCAAAGAAAGGAGACUCUUCAAGUGCCCUGUUUCAGAUGUCAACCAACACGCAGCUGUAUAUUUAUAUUUCCAUAAGGUAAUGUGUCAUCAAUGAUGCACUCUUAACGCUUUUAUUUUUCGGCUUCCCCGUUUGACAAAUCCUGAGCUAUUGUUUGGACCUCCAUUGCGCCUGUACAGCUCUAACUGUGAACACGCUGUCAAUGUCUUUGGUGCUGUACUUGAUUCAUGACCACAAAAAAGAGACGGUGACAUGACAGUACUGUUUGGUUCGAUUGUUUUGUUUUUCGGAUUGUUGGGGUUUUUUUGUACAGUAAUUCCUCUCCUUUCCUGUGCUUGGUUUUUGUUCCUCUUUGAUAUUUUGUAUUUUCUCCCAUGGCAUCUGCACGAUGUUAAAAUGGUUUUGAAGGCAUCACCUUGUCACCUCUCACGCACCGACAGUCAAUAGCAUAAAGUGUAAGUGCCUUAAAUCAACGGCAUACAAAUCAUCGUCACAAGACCUUUUUGAUGCUGCAUGAACACAACUAAAAAGUGCACCUGAUCGUAAAGAUCAUUUCUUGACGUACAGGAAUUUAAAAAAAAAAAAUGUCCAUCACAUACGACUUGCAAUGACAUGCUUUUCACGUCACUAUGAAAUCUCACACAUCCUGAAAGCAGGAAUGACUUGCAGUUGUAAACUUUUGUUUUCAUAUUUGCGUCAUGUCAUACAGUUCAUAACAACCAUGUUGAAGGAAGAAGACUGAAAAAGGCAAGUAGUUAAGAUGAAUGGGAAGGUAGGGUUUUGUUUUUCAGCCCUCGUGCUCACUUGUCAAUGCUUUUGCAGAUCCCGCAUUAAAAUGAUCAGGAGGAAUACAAAAGCUGUGCCAUUUGAUACUAAUAUAAAUGAUAGACGUGUUUAUUUAUUAGUAGUCAUUUUAAAAUAUAUAUAUAUACACCGAAUUCAACGUUGUUUUUUAAUGCAGGCUUAUCAGAAACAUUGAAAAGUGAGUGGAUUCAUAUUUGGACCAUCAUCAUUAUUGCCAGAUAUUUGCCUUGUGUUGUUUUUGUUUUGUUUCGUUGUAGUAAAUUAAUUUUGCAAAGUGCCACGUGUAUGAUUAUUUUGAAUUAUAGACUUCAAAAAAUUA